UUUUGCAUGGAACAGCCUGCAGGUAAACAAUCGAAAAUGUCGGACAGAGAAAAAUGUGUUUUUGUGACAGUCGGAACAACUAGCUUUGAUCCUCUUAUAGAGCUGGUUUCUAGCAGCAGUUUCUGCAAGCUACUUGAAGACUUAGGGUACACCAGACUGUUGCUACAGAUAGGAAGAGGCCAGUACGAACCAGAAGCGUUUGUGAGACCUGGGUUCAGACUGGAAUAUUUCAGGUUCAAGGACACCAUUGCUGAGGAUAUACAGGGUGCUGGUCUGGUCAUCAGUCAUGCAGGUGCUGGGAGCUGCCUGGAGACCCUGGGAGCGGGGAAACCCCUCGUUGUGGUGAUUAACGAGACGCUAAUGAAUAACCACCAGCUGGAACUGGCUAACCAGCUGUACAAGGAUGGGCACCUGUAUUAUGCCACCUGCAGCAACCUUAGACAUCUUCUUAAAGACAUGGACAUCAGCAAACUAAAGACUUUUCCUCCUGGACAACCUGAGAAGUUUGCAGCUUUCUUGGACAAAGUUAUGGGGGUGUCAUAAAAUCAUGUUAUCUAGCAAAAUAUGCCGUAGUGAUAACUAUGGAAUAAUAACAUAUGAAAAAAACAACUGUAAAGCUAUUUUUGGAUUUCCAUGUGCAAAAUUCAUUAUAAAACAUUCAACUUGCAUGCUGCAAGUAAGACUUAGUUGUAUAUUGGAGGAGAAACAAAUAAAAAAGAAAACUGUACAAUUUUAUAAAUGAUGAAACUUAACUGUAUGACACAUCAUUCCAAAACUAAACUUGCUAAAAAUGAUUAAAAGUUGUCAAAUUUCCACACCAAUACUCAACUGAAAACACUGGUAAAACAAAAA